CAGCACUGCGAAUUCAAAUCUGAGGGGCCAUAAUAGAAAUUUCACAAAAUCCCCAGGGCUCUUUACUAAAACGCAUACACACCCUCUCUCAAACCGAACGUUUGGGCCCUUCGAAAUCGGAGCGUACCAAAAAUUAUCCACUUUCUCUCGGAUCAUCGCGCCCUCGACUACUUUGUCUCCCUGCAAAAGGAAAAAAAAAGCAUUCUCUUUCUCUCUCUCUCUCAAAAUUCCAUUUUCGCGUGCGUUUUGUUGCAGAGAUGUCCGCCAUUUUCGAGCCUCGCUCUCCUUCUAACGGAGAACGCGGAUCUGGUGGAAAGAUUAGACGAAAAAGAGGAAACGGUGUUCAUGGCGCCUCCCCUUAUAGGCGCCCUGAAGCGUCAUGUGACGUCCAUGAAAAAAAACCUAGCUGGUUAUCAAGGUUCGCUAAUGGCGCGGGGAAGUUUCUCUCCUCUGCGUUUUUAGGGCGUGAGACUGGUUCUCCUUCUUCUUCUUCUUCUUCUGAUAGUGAAGAGAAAUAUGGUCUUCAUGCAGAGGAGGAGAAUGAAGCUGCUGACUCUGGUGACUUUGUUGAGUCGAAGCCGGAUGAAAUUUUCUCAGAAGCAAUGGAGAACCUGGAUACUGCUUCCUUAGUUGUUCCCUUUAUGGGCGAAGCAAAAACCACGAUUGUGAAAUUAAUCCAGCAAGAAACUUUUUCAAGGUCCGAAUAUAUUAAUCUUACCAGGAUACUUAAAUCACGAGUUGUAGACAGCUCCCAUGUGUUGCAUGAGGGUGAGGAUGCUACCCAUCAAGAGUUUCAUGAUGCUUCAGGUUUGAAAAGUCUUUUCUUCUCUGGAACAAACCACUUGCCAUAUCACAUGAGAAAUUCAUCCGUAGUAUCUCCUAGAAGGGUGAAUGAUUUCGGUAGUGGAACCCCCAAAUCUUUAGCACGAGAUCUUGAAAAUACAGCUGUUAUGGAGGCAAAGAAAUGGGUGGAGGAGAAAAAGUUGGAAUCCAGUCCUGGACAGAACCUUGGGCCUUGCACUCUGAACACUACUCCGCUGCCUAUUGUUACUGAAGUUGGCCAAUGUUCACCUGUUGAUGUAGCAAAAUCUUAUAUGAAAUUCCGUCCAGCAUGGGCAUCACCAUCUGCCAGUGAUAUUGGAUACGGAACUCCAUCCCCUAUUGGAUCACAUCAGUUUGUGGGUCAUACGCCAUAUCCCAUUGGUGAUAGCCCUUUACUCUCUUCAAAGGCAUCUAAAAGGUAUUCUCUAGCUAUUGAUGCAUCCCUUAAUGAAAUUCGAAGAGUACGUCUUAAGUCCAAAGAAAUUGCAGCACUACCAUCAGCUAAUCAGCUUGUUUCAAGAACAUUGGGAUCAGAAGCUAUCUCAUCAACAGCAGAUAAGGAAGUUGGUGAAGCAGGUUUAAGUCAUGAUUCAGCAUCAUUGCAGGCUGAGAAGCCCACCAUUCAGUCCAAUGACCAGGCCAAUGAGUUGGCUGUGAAUAAUAGUAACCUAGGUCCAGUUGUAGGCUUGUCCAAUGAGAAUAUAAUUGAAGGAAACUUUAACUCAAUGGAUGUUAUUCAUGACCAGAAGAUGGAUCAGGAUACAGCUGAAAAUUGUUCAGACCUUGAACAUCGUAUGGAGGGAGAAAGUCAUAUGCCUCUGUGUACAACUGUUGGCUAUCAAGAUUCUGCCAUUCCUGAAAUGGAAACUGAAGACCCUGAUAAGGCUCAUCAUACCAAGGAACAAGAACUCAAAUAUGCCUCGAGCUUUGACAAAUCUAUCACACAGAAUUCCACUUCAUUGCAGCAUGAUGAGGCAGUCACCCAGAGCGGGAAGGAGCAACUAAAAGAAACGAAUAUUGCUGCUUCAAAUGGCUUCAACUCUUCUCCUUCAAGUUCCUCUGCUCCAUCACUAUCCCGUGAGGGACAUGAUCCUUUGCUUGUUUCAAAUGAUGGUGUGUCCCCUUUGAGUAGCACUGCCCAGGUUUGCCAACUUUCCAGUGAGACCACUCUUGAAGUCCCACUUGAUGAUCAAAAUAGUUCACUACUUUCCAAAACUGACAAAGCUUCUCAACUUGCUGUUGGGGUUGAGUUACCCCAGGCUCAACUACAAAAUCUUACAGAGCACACAGGAAUUGGGGCUGGGAACGCUUCUCAACUUGCUGUUGAGGCUGAGUUACCUCAGGCUCAAGAACAAAAUCUUACAGAGCGCACAGGAUCUGAGGCUGGGAAAAGGGUGAGAGGAGGAAAAAAGGCACCAUCAAGAUACCGGAGGGGUGGGGUUAAGAGAUGGAGAGGUUAGAAAAUGGUUCUCUCAUAUUUGUUGUACUAAUUAUUUGUACACUAGCUGUGGGGAGGAAGUGGUGGGUCAGAUGUAGGUUUGUUUUGGAUUUUAUUUGGUUCUGGUACGAGUGAGCUCCUGCAAUACGUGGAAGAGCAGGAUUUUGUCAUUCAACUCCCUUCUGACUUGUUCAAGGGUUGUAUUGUGGGAUGAUCGAGGGACCGGUUAUCGGGAAACUUGUACAAUAAAUUUUCAGUUCUUGGUUUUUGCGUUUGAACAUUCAGUUUUAUGAGCC